GCAACCCCUGCCUCGGGGGCGUCGAAAGCAGCUGGAGGAUAGCUUGCAAACAACCUGGUGGUAUGGCGCCGCUGGCAUGAUCAUUUUCGCGCUGGUUUUCGCGUGCGUGCCGUUGUACAAGAUCUACUGCCAAGCCACCGGCCAGGGUCAGGCAUCCGCAGUUGGUCACAAGGAGUACUCGCCGCCGCCGUCCAAGGAGUCCGUGGAUGCAAAGCGCCUCAUCACCGUCGACUUCGCGGCCACGGUGCACACGUCCUUACCGUGGCAGUUCGUCCCACAGCAGCGACGCGUCGUCGUUGGCCUUGGGGAGACUGCCCUGGCUUUCUACCGCGCCAAGAACACGAGCGACCGCCCUAUCAUCGGCGUGUCUGUGUACCACAUGAUCCCUGCAGAGGCAGGGCUUUACUUCAACAAGAUCCAGUGCUUCUGCUUUGAUGAGCAGCUGAUCAACCCAGGCGAGGAAGUAGAUUUGCCCAUCUUCUUCUUUAUCGAUCCCAUGAUGGGGCGUGACAAUCGUUUCGACCACGUGGACCACAUCACGCUGUCCUAUCUCUUUUUCGAGUCCGACUCCGAGUUGCCCGACGAGUACGAGGAGUUCAAGAAGAGCAUGCCUUCCA